GACGCGGUGGCUUUGUCGUCAUAGCCCCAGUGCCCAUUCAUCAGCGGACUUGGGCGUUGUACUCCGCAUCUCAUUUGCGGCUGGGCCAAUUUCUCCAUUUACAAACUCCGCUCGAGAAAAAAUUGAAAGAAUUCGCGUUUCUUUUGCAUCUUUGCCACAUUUUUGCAAGUUCUCACACGUCCAUUUGCGGUCAUUUCUGUUUCGGGCUGAUUCAUCGGCUUCAGUUGGAGAAGGAGGUGUCGGCGCUUGACUUGAAUUUUUGGGAAGGAAGCUUGCGGUCUUUGUUCAUUCAUUUGAUCGGUUGGGUUCCUUUGUUGCACCAAAAGCAUGGGAGCACAAAUCUCCAAAACCGCUGGAAAAGGGGAAGCUGCGGUAGAAAAGCCAGCAGAAGGUGCAGCCGUAGCAGCAAAGACAAACGGACAGGAGAAUGGCCACGCCAAGACCAAUGGGGAUACCUCUCCAGCUGCAGAGGAGGCCAACAAAGCCGAUGUUCAGGCCAACGGCAGCACUCCUACUGAGGAGGUGCCAAAAGAAGUCGGUGAGAAAGUAGAGGUUGUUGAGGCCAAUGGCGAGAAGGAGCCUGCCGCCACAAACGGAGAGGCUUCUGCCAAGCCGGAGGAAGGCACUCCAUCCACCAGCGAGGAUGGCAAGCAAAAGAAGAAGCGUUUCUCCUUCAAGAAACCCUCCUUCAAGCUCAGCGGCUUCUCAUUUAAGAAAACCAAGAAAGAGUCUGAGGAGGCAGCGGAGGAAGGAGCAGCAGCAGAACCAGCUGAAGAAGAGAAGGUGGCAUCAGAUGAAGCGGCUGCUGCGGAGGCCAAACCAGCUGAGGCUGCUGCUGAGGGCGCCAAGGAGGCUGCAGCUGAGGAGCCAAAGGCUGAGGAGGUGAAGGCAGAAGAACCAGCAGCAGCAGAAGGAGGAGAGGAGAAACCAGCUGAGGCUUCACCUACUGAACCAGAGACGGCAGCCAGUCCAGAUGUCCCGGCCGCCGCUGAGUAAUCCUGCUGAUCCAGACACCGGAAUGAAGGAGCCCGUCUGAAGGAAUGCGAGGACUUGUCUAAAACCAGGGAUUUUUUUUGUUCAUUUUUUGUUGGUGUUUGUUUACUAUUCUGCAACCAUCUCAUCCAUAAUGACUGCAAGGUCCUUGGCAGUGAUGGGCAGGAGGUGUACUGGAGUGUGCUGCUUCCUCACUGCUCAUUGGUGCUUGCAUGUGUGACGUUGGGCGAGUGUGACUGUGUGAAUGUGAGUGUGAAUGUUUUUUUUCUACAUGAAACCAUGACUUUGUUGACACGUUGCUGAAUUUGACAUAUUUUAUCAAAGUAUUUGGUGCUGGGCAAUUGGAUGUAGCAGCUAAAGCUGUGUCUGCAAGAUUUGACACAUUGUGAUAUUUAAAGGGAAAGUCCUAAACCAAGUCUUAAAUGUUGUCUUUGCAGUGCACAGUUGUUUACAACUCUUAAAACUCGACGCUCCUGUGGACACAACCAUUCCUGAAUUAAGUAGAUUUAGUUAACUGUCAAUCAAUAGGUGCUCAUCACUUCCCAUUAGAUUCCACCAUUUCAAAACUCUGUAGUAAUGCACGUUGUAUAGACUUUGAUAUUACUGGUUUUAUGACUGAGAUGUACCUAAAUGACUGAAGUUUUUAACAGAUUACCCAUUGUAAAUGAAGUUUUUCUUGUUUUUCACCAUUUGUAAGAUUGAAUAAAAUUGGGAGAUGUUUUAAGCAAAUUUUGCAUCAAGCUGUGAUGACUACACCACUUAAAAUCUACACUAGAAAGCACAUAUUUGAGGUUUUGGGUGCAAUAUUUGAACAGCAUUUUUUCUUUGUGUGUACAUAAUGAGGCUUCACCUUCUAUUAAAUAUGAAAUGUAACAUUGGCUAAAUUGGUUAUAGGUGUUCAGUAUACUUGCUGUGCGCACUGAUGAAGAAUAAAUGAUUGAAGCGGCA